UUCCUGGGACAGUAAAAGUAGGAGGAGGGGAACUCCCUGCUUUCACUACAUGUUGGCAGCGUUUGGGGUCGAAAAAGACUGAACCUAUCUCUGGUUAAACAUAGUUGUGAAAAGGUACAAUUGGAUAAAUUACAAUUAUUAAAGAUUCUGGCACAAAGGUUUGUUGUUUUGGAAAGUCAGGAUGGAUACAAGAUCUAAACAAAAGAAGGCAUUAGAUCAGGUUUCCACUGAGAGUAGUGAUGAGGAACAAACAGAGAUGUUACCUCAAAGCAAUUUUGAAGCAGCAGGAGGCAGCGCAGAGGGGCUGCCAGUCCAAAGCUUUACUCCGGAGGGAGAACGAGCACCGUCACCGGUACGGGGUCGACGGAGUAUGGAUAGCCAAGUUAGCCAGAGUGGGGGUGUGCCACCCAUGGAUAUGUGGGCAGAAAUGCACAACUUCUUCUCGAAACAGAUGGCUCUUAUGACUACCCUUGUACAACAACAACAAGCUUUUGCCCCACCAAGCCAAGGACUGAGGUCUGGCAGAGUGUGUUUGGGAGGAGCGGAUCCAGCAGAUUUUCCGUUUUAUCAAGCGGGAGAGGAUAUCUCCGAGUUUUUUUUAAUCUUUGAGCAAGCGUGUGUGGACCAGUCUUUAGACAAAAAAUACUGGAUGAAAAUUCUACGCACUCAAGGAAAGGGAGAGUUAAGAAGUCUAAUGUGUAAACUCCCGAGAGAGCUAGCUGAUGAUUAUGAAAACUUUGUAAAAUUGGCAACAGCCCAGUUUGCGUUAUCCACCAGGGCAUGUUACCAAAAGUUUGAGACUUUGACAAAAAAAUCAAAAGAGACGUUUUCAGCAUUAAGCGCUCGUACUGCUCAAGCUAUGGAUUUGUGGAUUGCAGCUGCAAAAGCUAAUACUUUUGAGCAGUUAAGGACUGUGUAUACUCUGGAGAAAUUUUACAAAAUGUUGCCAAGAGAGCUUGCCGCAGCGGUGCGAGGCAAAAAGCCAAAAAGCUUGCAAGAAGCUGGUCAUUAUGCUGAUGAACUAGAUUCCUUUCAGGACAAAGAGGAAUUGCCUAAAGCAUAUGUUAAAAAACCGGGCAAUUACAAAGGGAAUCAACCAGCGGGUGGAGGAAGUGAGUGGAAGAAAAAAACGUGGCCAUCUGUAGUUAAGUCGGAGGACAAAGGGGAGAGCUCUGUUCCUGCUGCUGUUCCCGUGCGUCCGUCAGUUUACCAACCGAGUAAAGCAGUUUUGGAGAAUUUAUGCUUUCUAUGUAAACAACCGGGGCACAGAAAGGACCAGUGUUCCCAACUGAUUAAGAAGCAGAAUGUGAGUGUCAGCAAAGGGACUAAAAUAGCGGUAGUACAGAGAGCCCGUGAUUAUGAAGAACCAGGAGGGCAGUCAUCUCCGGAAAUUUCCCGUUGGUCGUCUUCGGAUUCUAAUUCCGACCAGGACUGGGAGUUUUCAGCUCCUAGUACUGAGAAUAGUCCCAUCACCCAAAGGAAAGGAAGUAAACAGACUCCUGCGGAAAUUAAAUUCAAUCACCCAAGUGGAUCCAUACCCCUUACCCAGGAUGGACCAUCUGAUUGAAAGGUUGGGGGCUGCUAAGUUCAUCACCACCUUGGACCUAACUAAGGGUUACUGGCAAGUACCCCUAGAUGAAGAUGCUGUCUUGAAAUCUGCCUUUGUUACCCAUAUGGGCUUGUAUCAAUUUAAAAUGAUGAGUUUUGGGCUUAGGAAUGCUCCUAGUACGUUCAUGAGAUUAAUAAAUUCUGUCCUGAAUGGUUUAGGAGAUUACGCCUGCGCCUAUCUUGAUGAUAUCGCGGUGUAUAGUGGGGAUUGGGAAUCCCAUGUGAAACACUUAAGAACUGUAUUUCAAAGGCUGCAGGAUGCAGGACUUACCAUUAAAGCCCAGAAGUGCCAAUUUGGGUUGGGAGAGGUUUCCUAUUUAGGCCAUAGGGUGGGUAGUGGCUGUUUGAAACCUUUGGAUGCCAAAAUUGAAGCAAUUACUAAUUGGCCAAUACCUCAAACCAAGAAACAAGUUCAGUCAUUCUUGGGGCUUGCUGGUUACUAUCGGCGUUUCACUCCCCACUUCAGUAGUCUUGCCACCCCUUUGACUAAUUUGUGUAAGAAAUGCAAACCAG